AUGGGGGAGAGAGAGAUGGAAUUCGAUCUCUCAUCUUUUCGUCUCUUGGCGGACACAGCUGCUUUGGUCUCCGAGGGAAAGCUCAGUCUGACUCCUUCCACCGAAAUCCGAGAAACGGGUAGGAUACCCAAGAAAACUAAGGAGACAGGUCUCGGGACCCUAAUCGGACCAAGCGAAUUGCCGAUAGACUACAAGGACAAAGUACAGGAGAUAUGUGGUCGGGAUGUGACGCUCGUGGUGGAGAAGAAACUUACCGCGACCGACAUGAGCCGGGGCCAAAGUAGGCUCUCUAUACCCAAGAAGCAGAUAAGGCAAUGUUUCUUGAGUGAAGAAGAGAUUCGAACCCUAGACAGGAAGGAGGGCAUUAAGGUUUCCCUCAUUGAGCCGUGUCUCGAAGUUUUUCACGGCUUGCAACUGAAGAAGUGGAAUUACACAAGUAAAAAUUUUUCUUAUAUGUUGACGGAGAGGUGGAAUGCGGUUGCGCAUCCCUACGAGCGGAACGAACUCACAAAGGAUGUUGUCAUCCAACUUUGGUCUUUUAGAGUGGAUGGCAACCUCUGCUUUUGCCUCGUGAAGGUUAAAACACCAGGCAGUGGAAAAUAUAGCUACUCAUGA